CAUGUUAUAAUAGAUUAUGUAUAAUUCAAGAUCAAAUAGAAUUGAAUCAUUUUAAGUGGGCAAGAAAAUUGUACGGCCCUGUUAUAUAGAGUUAAUAUCGGCCGUCGCAGUCGUUGUAAUGCAUUCGAGCAUAUCGUGUGUUUCUAUUGUGUUCGUGAUUAAAUUUCAGUGGUUUAGUUGACGAUUAAUUUAAGAUUUAAUAAUCAACAAACAUAGUAAUUUAAUCAUGGAAGCACAUCACUACGAUACAAUCGUUGAUUCAACAAUAAAAAUGAUCGACGAGGAAAGAUGCACUAUUCAAUUGAGAGACGAUCAGAAUUUGAAUCCAAGCAACCAACCAGUUACCAAAAUAUACAUUGAGUUUAAUAAUCUCUCAUACACGAUCCAUUCCAAUAAAGGAAAAUCAAAGAAGAUAUUAGAAAAUGUGACAGGAUAUUUUCGUCCUGGAAGAUUAAUGGCGAUUAUUGGUCCUUCUGGUGCAGGAAAGACUACGUUACUCCGUAUUAUAUGUUCUUUGAAAUCUAAUAUCGAAGGUUCAAUUCUCGUUAACGGUAAAAAAUGGAAUAGUAGUGCUUUUCGAAAACAAACAUGUUUCCUGCCACAAGAAUUUGUUCUACUACCUUUGCUUACUGCAAAAGAAACGUUAUAUAUUGCAGCACGUUUGAAAAUUAAAAAUAUUCAUGAACCAUAUGCCAUUAAUUUGAUUGUAAUGGAAAUAGCAGAAAACUUAAAUUUGACGAAUUGUUUAAAUACUUUAGUAAAAAAUUUAAGCGGUGGAGAACAUAAAAGAUUGUCAAUCGGCGUAGAAAUAAUUACAAAACCAUCUGUUAUAUUAUUAGAUGAACCAACCAGUGGACUUGAUAGUACAUCUUCAUAUCAGGUAAUCGAAUUAUUGCAUAAAAUAGCCAAAGAAGGUUGUACGAUUGUUUGUGCAAUUCAUCAACCCAGCAGUCGCAUAAUAUCACAAUUUGAUGAUUUAUUAGUUAUGCAUAAUGGAAUUUCCUUCUAUUGUGGACCUUGGAACGAUGUUUUUUCUACCUUUAGCGAAGCAGGCUAUCUGUGUCCUCAAUUUUAUAAUAUAUCUGAAUUUAUUCUAGAAGUAGUGGUAGGCGAAAGAAGUGGUGAUUUAAACAAUCUACGCAAAAUUAGUUAUGAUAAAUAUUUAAAAUGGAAGAUAUGUUUCCAACAUUCCAUUAUAACAACAGAUGUUACAUCUACUUCGAAAUUAAAUAUUAUCAACAAAUCAAAAUUAUAUUUUAUCUGGAACGAACAGAAGAUUUUAUUAUUGAGAGCAAUAAUUUGUAUUAAAAGAGACAAUACUUUAACAAAAUUAAGAUUUGUAGCUCAUGUAAUAGUAGCUCUUCUACUAGGUGUAGUUUUUUAUGAUUCCGGAACUAAUGCUAAUAAAGCUAACAGCAAUAUAGCUUGUAUAUUUUUCGUUUUACUAUUUUUAUAUUUUGCAAAUUCUAUGCCGGCUGUACAAAUAUUUCCUGUAGAAACUGCUGUUUUUUUACGAGAAUAUUUAAAUAAUUGGUAUCGUUUAAAAUCUUAUUUUUUGGUGAAAGUUUUAUCAGAUUUACCAUUACAAAUUAUCAUACCUUCAAUAUUCAUCAUUAUUACAUAUUACAUGACUGGUCAACCAAUGGAAUUCAAUAGAUUUUUACAUACUUGGUUGAUUUGUAUUUUAAUAACGAUUCUUGGACAAUCAUCGGGAAUGCUUGUUGGUGCUGCAUUCGAUACGCAAUUGGGUACGUUUUUAAUCCCUGCUUUCAAUAUGCCAAUGAUACUAUUUGCCGGAUUUUUCCUGAAAUUUAGCGAGGUGGUAUCAUAUCUUCAACCUUUAUGUGCCAUUAGUUUUUUUAGAUAUGCAUUUGAAGGUAUUCUGCAAGCAAUUUAUGAUGGAAAUAGAGAAAAAUUGCGAUGUUAUGAAAUUUAUUGUCAUUUACGUUCGCCUAAAAAAAUUCUGGAAGAAAUGGAUAUGCCUACAAUUUCUUAUUAUGCAAUUAUAUUAGGUUUAUGUCUUUGGAUAUUAUGUAUACAAAUUAUGACAUACUUAGUACUUAAAUGGAAAACACAUAAAGCUAAAUAAUGAUAUAUUUGUUAUGUUA